UUUUUAAGUUAGCUGGGAGGGGAUUGUUAAGUGUGUUUAAGUUUAGUUUUGACUGCGGGUGCUUGACUAACACGCGCUUCCUUGUGGCGAUCGCGAAAUAACACGUGCGUUUUAACAUCGGAAGUUAAAUCGAACAAGAUCGUGAUGGGGCCGAGGAUCAUAUAUUUAUUUACCAUCCUAGCAGCAGCAACUGCAUCAUUGGAAGUAGUGAACCAAUGGAACUUCCUCCAAUUUGACUUCCCUCCAGAUCCGGUGCUCCUGGAGAAAUUCCAGCCGGAGAAUGUUGUACCUACUGGCCUGGAAAUCGGGUGGGAUAAGCUGUACCUCGGAAUACCUCGUCUGCGUGCUGGUGUACCCGCGACCCUGGCCUGGGUGCCACGAUCUCUUCCACCUGGCGUUAGCCCAGUUCUGCAGCCAUAUCCUGACUGGUCCUGGCACACGGCUGGAAGAGGAGACAUUAACUGCACCGGCUUGAUAUCGGUGUACCGCGUCCGAGCUGAUCGCUGCAAUCGACUCUGGGUCCUCGACGCUGGAGUCCAAACCAGUAUCGAUGACUUCAGAAGAGUUUGUCCACCUAAGAUCCUCAUCUUCGACAUGGCUACAGACCGUUUGGUCAGAAGUGUUUACUUCCCGAGAGAAUUAUUGCGACCAGCGACAUUGUUGACCAACAUAGUGCUGGAUGACACCAGGUCGUCGCCAUCCCACCACGCGGCCAGUUGUGAUAACAUCUUUGCGUACAUCAGUGACACUGUUGCUCCAGGUAUAAUAGUGUACGACAGUCGCCGCGACAACGCCUGGAGGGUCAGUCACGCGUCCAUGUAUCCGGAUCCAGACCUGGGGGAGUACGACAUCGGAGGAGACAAGUUCACCCUGAUGGACGGCAUUGUUGGUCUCACUCACUCACCAGCACAGGGUCUCCUCUACUACCAGCCACUAGCUACAGACAGAUUGUUCAGUGUAUCAACAGCGGUGCUAGCAUCCGGGCCACCGGCAGAGGGCGCUGAUUUGCCAGUGAACCUGGUCGGCCGUAAGUCAUCGCAAGGUCUUGGCAUUGCAGUUGAUCCUCGGGACGACACCAUUAUAUUCAGUCCGAUGACGGAGACCGCGAUAGCCGCCUGGAACCCAGUCACCAACUCUCACAGAGUUUUGGCACAAGAUCCCGAGAAGCUACAGUUCUGCGCUGAAGUGAGGUGGGCUGAGAGAGAUAAUGGCGCUGUAUGGGUUCUAUCCUCGCGAUUCCACAAGUUCUUCAAGCGAUCCGUCUCCAAAAAUGAGAUCAACAUCCGCAUAAUGCGCGUCAUAGAAGGAGGUUAUGCAGGGUACGGGCCUGUACAGUCACACCUUCUACGCAGAUCCACUGCCAACUUUACUGCUAAUUAUUAAUUGGACAUACAAGCGAUUAUGUGACCAUGAGUGCAGAUACCAACAGGAUACCUCACUGGCUGUUAGCAUAUGGAAAAUGGAAAUCAGUCAUCUUAUCAUUAGGCAUCAACAGCUUAUUAAUUGUAUAUCCGCGCGCGACCGAAACGUAUCUUCUCAGUACCGACGGCAAAACAACGUCUCGUAUCUUUUUUGAUUAUUUAGAAUUACUCUACUAACGCUACUAUGCUCGAGAACUGUCAUAUUUAAAAUACUUUGACAGUUCACAUACCAUUUUGACUGCGCGUGGAUUAUACCGUGCUGUGAACGACAUUGGAACGUGAAAAAAAUCCAAUUAUACUUUUUGUUUGUUUUACACAAUUUUUUAAUUGUGUUUCUUCAUACUCAUAGACUUAAAAGUUUUUUGUUACACUCACACUUAUUCUGAAGGUAAAAAGGUAUUUACACGGGUAUUAUAAUUAUUUAACUCUAAUUUUUACGUUUCAUAUAUCCUAGAAAUACAUUACCAACAUUAAACAUUGAUAUAGAUAUCGAAGGAUCCUGUUGUAUCAAUCUCAUAUUUUUCCUACGGCGGAGUAAUAUUAUCUCAUAUUUUUAUGAUAUUUUUUAAUACCUGUUAAUAUUUAAAUCCAUGAAUUUACCUAAUAACAGCUAUAUUACGUAUGAACGAAUUAUACGUGUAUCAUGUGUGUGUAUAACUAUUAUAUCAUUAAUAAAGAUGACAAUACAACAAUAUAAUUUUCUUUAAUUAUAAUUACGUUGUUAAUAACUGCGACAUUAUCGGAGAUGAGUGUAAAAUACUAUUAAAUGUAGUUACAUGUUAAAGGCCAUUUAAAUGUUUAUUUUGUAUGUUUUGGCUCUAGUCUCGCAAAAAAAUAAUGUAUAUUUUUAAUGUACGUACAUUUAUAUGUAUAAGUUGCCGAACAGUUGAUCAUCCAGUCUAAUUUAUAUGUUUUUAUUUAAGCUCAGAGUCAUAGUACCAAUUACUGAAGUUAUAAUAUGAUACCUUAGGUUCUAAGCUUACAAACGCUAUUUCAAACUUAGCUCUGAAUAUGUUAAUAGUAAUAGGGUACGCGAGCGAAUUUUGUGGUCUUCUGUCAAUUGUAACGUUUUUUUUAUCCUUUACAAUGUUUUGCUAAUCCUGUGGUAAACUAAAUGUUACUAUUAAUUCGCAAAUAACAUAUAAUAUACUUUUAGUGCUUAGGAGCUUCGAAAUUUAAAUAAGAAUGAAUUUAUGAAAACUAACGUAAGAAAUAAUAGAAAGUUACGAAAGGAUUUUACUAACGAAUAAAAUAAUUCAAGUGUAGUUAUAGAAACGCAUAUAUUAUGAUCGGCACAAUUGCUACCGAGUUGGCGAUAUUCAAAAAUGAAUUAUUUCUUAUUUCUAAGAGCAAGUUUUAGGAUUAUAUUUUGGAGGAAUUAACCAAUGCUCCCUUACUAUUAAGGAAAAGUACUCAUAAUAUUAUGAAUGCAUAAAAAGAUCGAUACAAUAAACACCGAUGAUAAUCGAUUCUAGUAAAAUACUAGAAAUUAUAGUAAGGGUCAAAAUAUGUGUUUAUUGUUCAAUAUUUAGAGUUCUUCCCUUUUGCAAAAGAAAUUGUAUUACGUAUUAUUGUAUUAUGUUUAGGUAAUAUGUAUGCAGUUUUAAUAUUGUAAAGCCUUGCUAUGUUACCAAUAGUUUAAAAUUAAACUAAUUUUGACGUUUUCCUGUAAUAUUUGAUAUUGUGAUGAUAGAUAAUUGUAUAUAACUUUUAUAUUUUUGUAAUAUCUAAUCUUAAUAAAUUUUUAUACAAA